GUCCAUCAUGCCCAACAAUACCGCACGACCAACAAUCCGCGCCGGGAUCUGCGAACUCAACGGCGCACCCAUCCGCCCAGGACACCCACACCCCGUUCUCCGUCGCACCGCCUCAGGGAGGCUCUUCGUCCCCAACCAAUCCACCAUCCACGCCGCUGAGGUCUCUGACGCGAGGCCACCUUCCCCGCCGGCCCCUGAGCUUGCCACUGUAGAAACGGUUCGUGCGCUCAUUCCCACUCUCCGUCCCUUCGGCGAUGACAGAGACGAGCAAGUCCUGGUGCAGGUCGGGCCCGCGAAGCAGCCGAGCGUCAUUGAGUCAGCGCAGAAAUUCAGCGUGAGGACGCGCGCUGGGAGCGGUAGUCUGAAACGCGACAGCGUGCUCAGGCGGAAGGAGAGCUUGGUCGUUAAUGGGGAGUUUGCGGCGAGGAAGAGCCACGCUGGGGUGCUGGAUUUGGCGGGUCCGCCGGGGUUUGAGGAUCUUGGAGUGGGAGAUGAUGAGGACUUGCUUGCGUGGGUUGGGCCUGAGACGCCUACGCAGGACUUGCGUGCCCGACGGAGAGGUUUCUUCCUCGAGGAUCGUUAUAGUAUCUCCAGUGAAAGCAGCGAGACUGUUCUUCUUCCGCGGGGUAGUGUGGCCAGCACAGCAGCGGACAUUGAAGAUCCGUGGCCGCGGGCUAGGCAGGAGACGGUGCUGAAGGUGGGAAGUUUGAACUUUUGGUGAGCAGAUAUGAGCAUCUACCUACCUACCAUGGUCCUGGAGGCCAAGGUAGUGUGGGGAAUAUCAA